UUCCGCGGGCUACAGCUGUGUCCCGCACGCAGGGUCGCCGUGACUGUACCCCGGUGAGCGGAGCAGGGGCGGGAAGGGAGGUGCUGUCCGGGCCGGGGUCGCUGGGUUGGAGCCGCGGCCGCUUGCAGCGACGCCGGCCCGGUACACGCUUUGCCUCCGCGGCCAUUGGCGCGGCCCCUGUGAGCUCUGAAGCUGCCAGUUGUAGAGCCGCCUCUUUGUCCGGUACCCUUGACCAACUGUGCCUGGCCGGGAGCCCGGCACCUGCCGGUUACAGCGGAGAAAAAGGCAGACAUGGCCAGAAGUUGAAGGCUAGAGAGAAGUAGCUUACCGAGGGUACUGAGAUGCAUGGUGAUUAGCAUUGAUGGCCUAGUUACCACUAAGGUGACACCCCCAUUGCCCUCUGUCCCCAACUCUGAAAACAGCUCCUGAGACCUGAAUUACAGAGCAUCAUUUUAAUUGGACAAACUGCAGCUGAAACAAGCUUCUCUUGGAGGUCACAAUGGCCACCCAAGGCAGGGGAACUUUAGGCCUCCUCCCUAGGGGUGCUGUUCUCCAGAAACAGGAGGGGCGCCAGACCAUGAAGCAGGAGCCAGGGAGCCAGACCUGGGGUCAGGGCUGCAGUCUCCAAAAGAACCACCCUCCUGUCUGUGAAAUUUUCCGGCUGCACUUCAGGCAGUUAUGUUACCAUGAGAUGUCUGGGCCCCAGGAGGCACUGAGCCGGCUCCGGGAGCUCUGCCGCUGGUGGCUCAUGCCAGAGGUACACACCAAGGAGCAGAUCCUGGAGCUGCUGGUGCUGGAGCAGUUCCUGAGCAUCCUGCCUGGGGAGCUCCAGACCUGGGUGCAGCUGCAUCACCCUGAGAGUGGCGAGGAGGCUGUGGCUGUGGUGGAGGAUUUUCAGAGACACCUAGGAGAGGUUUCAGGUACUGUACAGAAACAGGAAAUGCAUUUGGAGGAGACAACAGCCCUGGGUACAACAGAAGAAUCUCUUCCUACUUCACCCUUCAGUGAGGGUUCAGCCUCUGGAGGCUGCCUGGAGCCUCCUCAUGACCUCCUCCCCAAUGGGCACUCUGGUCAGUGUGCUUCUCAGGUGCCUGUCCUUUCCCAAGCUGGGAAGUCAGGAGACCAGGCAGUGGCAACUGUGCUUCGGAUGGUCAGGCCCCAGGGAUCUGCAGCGUACCAGUUCCUGUCUGUGGACUAUACUGAGAGGAAGUGGAAAGGUCCGGCCCUCAGUCAGAGAGCCGUGUACCGGAGCAUCGUGCCGGAAAAUUACUGCAGCAUGGCCUCAUUGGCAGGUGAGACUAGGACGCGGCGUUCAGAGCUGCCUGCAAGGCAGGAAGUUUCUAAAGGACCGGCGUCAUCUGAUGGGACAUCAGGAGGCCUCUGUGGAGUAGUUUCUGGGGAACCAGAGACAGGAGCUGCCUGUGAAGGUACUUUAGAGAAGCUGGAAGGGCAAUCCUCAGAUGAAGAAGGGAGCAGACUGGAAAGUGAUUUCUUCAAAAUAACACACGAGGAUAAAGAUAAAUCCACAAAAGCUGGAUGUGAUGAAUAUAAUGAACUUGGGAGACAUCCAGAUCUGUCCUCUAGUGCUGCAGAACAUCAAGGAGUUCUGAAGGGACAGAAAUUUUAUCAAUGUGAUGAAUGUGGUAAAGCUUUCAAUCGGAGUUCACACCUCAUUGGGCAUCAGAGAAUCCACACUGGAGAGAAACCCUAUGAGUGUAAUGAAUGUGGUAAGACCUUCAGGCAGACCUCUCAGCUCAUAGUUCAUCUGAGAACCCACACAGGGGAAAAGCCCUAUGAGUGCAGUGAGUGUGGAAAGACUUACCGACACAGCUCCCAUCUUAUUCAACACCAGAGACUCCAUAAUGGUGAGAAACCCUAUAAAUGUAAUGAAUGUGCAAAAGCCUUCACUCAGAGUUCCCAACUGAUUGACCACCAGAGAACCCAUACUGGGGAGAAACCUUAUGAAUGCAAUGAGUGUGGUGAGGCCUUCAUACGUAGUAAAAGUCUUGUCCGGCAUCAGGUGGUUCACACUGGUAAAAAACCUUACAAGUGUAGUGAGUGUGGGAAAGCUUUCUGUUCUAAUAGAAAUCUUACUGACCACCAGAGGAUCCAUACUGGGGAGAAGCCUUAUGAGUGUAAUGAAUGUGGCAAGGCCUUCAGUCGGAGUAAAUGUCUUGUUCGACAUCAGAGCCUCCACACUGGGCAAAAACCAUACAAAUGUAGUGAAUGUGGGAAAGCUUUCCAUCAGAACUCUCAACUUGUUGACCAUGAGCGAAUUCAUACUGGAGAAAAACCUUUUGAAUGUAAUGAGUGUGGUAAGGCAUUCAGUCUGAGUAAAUGCCUUAUUCGACAUCAGAGACUUCACACAGGUGAAAAGCCCUAUAAAUGCAAUGAGUGUGGAAAAUCCUUCAACCAAAACUCACACCUUAUUAUUCACCAGAGAAUUCACACUGGUGAGAAGCCUUAUGAAUGUAAUGAGUGUGGGAAGGUCUUCAGUUAUAGCUCUAGUCUCAUGGUACAUCAGAGAACCCAUACUGGGGAGAAACCCUAUAAAUGUAGUGACUGUGGGAAAGCCUUUAGUGACAGCUCACAGCUCAUUGUGCACCAGAGAGUUCACACAGGAGAGAAACCCUAUGAAUGUAUUGAGUGCGGGAAAGCCUUCAGUCAGCGUUCUACUUUUAAUCAUCACCAGCGAACUCACACUGCAGAGAAGCACUCAGGUCUGGUUCGCUCAGUUUCUUAAGAUGUGAUUUCCCAAGGAACUUUGGAUUAAGCUUCUUUUUAUAAGAAGGAACUCUUAAAACUGCUCAUCAAAAUGUACCAAUCCCAUGCUUUCUGGUGAGUCAUGAAUGUGGGAGAGUGGGAGUCACAGUGAAAUCCUUUUCUGCUGUUAUGGAAGUAAGGACUACACAUUUCAUGUACUUUUAAGUUUGUUUAUUCUUUCGUUCAUUCUUUUAAACUAUUGAAAAAUCUGACUCAUUUCUCAGUUCUGCAUCCCAUUAAUCAGACUGUGCUUUUCAAGGACAGAGAUUAUGUGUUUCUUAUUCUACUCCGCCUCUACUUUACCAGUUACAUAAGUCAUAUUGCAAGAUGGAUUCAUUCUUUUCUUUCUCUUCACUAAGGCUCUCCCUAUAUAGUUUUUAAACUUCCACUCUAAUUCAGGCCCUCAUCACUUGUGUUCCCUACCUAUAAAGCCUUUCUUUUCCUGUUGGCUAAUGUAUAUCCCUUAGAUUCUUCCACAUCCCUCUCAUUUCUGAAAGACCUUGAAAUGCUCUUUCUUCCCUCUUAAACUUCUAUUCAUUUGACCUCAGUGCUUCCAAUUAGUUGGUGCUACAGUGUGUAACUGUUACUAAAUUACCUUUCCAAUCAUUCUGAACUUAACGUGUAUGUGUAUACUUUUAUAUCAACUUAUUGUAGGCUCUUUAAGGCUAGGUAUGGUAUCUAUUCUUUUAGCAUAUAGAUAAUAAUUUUCAUAUAGUAGUUGUUUAAUAAAUAAAUUUUUAAAACUCUGCUCGAAGUUGCACCAUCCUUAAAUUGGGUACAAGAUCCCCGUCCCCACCCCAAUCAGACUAGAGGCUUCUAAAGAUGGAAGUGUAUGUGUAGGAUAUCACACACAGGGGCCUCAUUGAUAUCUUCUAUGUGUAUUCCUGGACAUCUCACCUCUGUUACUUCAUUGUUGGUUUCUGAUAAAUACUCUAUUGUGUUUAGGAAAUUUCCUUCUAUUUCUGUUAUUUAUUUAUUUAUUUGUUUGUUUGUUUUUUUAAGUAGGCUCCAUGCGGGGCUUAAACUCAUGACCAUAGGAUCAAGAUUUGCAUGCUCUACCAACUGAGCCAACCAGACGCCCCUCUAUUUCUGUUUUUAGAAAAAGCAAGAUAGUACAGUAGUUAAGAACACUGAUUUUGUGCCUAGUACCCUAAUUCAAACCCUGGCUCCACCACUUUUCUAGGUGUGUGGUCUGGGCAAGUUACUUAGCUUCUUUGCGUGUCAGUUCUUCCGUCUGUAAAGUAAAGCUGUGCUUGUUAGGAUAAAAUUAGUUCAUAAAUGUUAGGCAUUUAGAACACUACUUGGCACUUAGUACCCACUGUAGCAAUUAUUACUAUACCUAGAGUUGCUAAGUUCUAUCAAGUUUUUAAAAAAAUCUAUUGGUGUAAUUUUAUGGGUCAUAUCCUUUAUUUUUGUAAUUCACUUUUUUACAAGUUUCCAAAUGAUUGAAAUUUCCUUGAAGUCCUGGAAUAAAACCUGUUUGU